GCAGAGCAGCCGCCGGGGAGUUGCGUCUGCGUUCGCCGAGGGAACAUGCUGCUGCAGUGGCUGCUGGCCUCGCGUUGCCAAACGGCGCCUGGAAGCCACACGCGGUGGACGGCUGGCUAAACCACAGCCCUUGGCGGCUGCUGGCCAGGGACCUUAGCGAGCGUUUCUCCUUUGGCGUAGCUUCCUUUCCUCCCUCCUCCCGCGGAUGCUGUAGCUUCUCCGCCUCUUCCUGGGGAUCAUGGAGGGAUCUCUCUUUGGCAUCCUUGCGGAGAACCUGCCAAGCGGCAGCGGCGGCCAGGAACGUCCGAUCCUGGGCUGAGGAGACGAAAGCUACCCUCCCACCUUCUAGCGGGACUCUGUACGGAGAUGAGGCACUAACUGGAAGGCUUUGCCCCUUUGCCUUGUACUUUUUACUGGUUGCUAUGGAGACCAAGGAAGAAAAAAAAGAACGAAAGCAAAGCUACUUUGCCCGUUUGAAAAAGAAGAAGCUUGGUAAACAAAAUGCAGAUAUGCCACCUCCAAACACCUGUGGAAUUCAUACGUGUAAAACUCAGACUGGAAAAGGUGAUGGGGGCAAAAUCAUUUUAGAACAAACAAACAGUUCUCAAGAAAACUACAAGCAUUCUGCAGAAAAGGAGGAUCAUGAGAAAAAAAAGAAAAAGAGCAGUCAACCAAAAGAUAUUAGGCGCACUGAUCUUAAACGAUACUACAGCAUUGAUGAUAAUCAAACCAAAACCAAUGAGAAGAAAGAAAAAAAAAAGGUCUCUCAGAAACCCCAUGGUACAAUUGAAUACACGGCUGGAAUCCAAGACACCUUAAACAGUAUAGCCCUGAAGUUUAACAUCACUCCAAAUAAACUUGUGGAACUCAAUAAGCUUUUCACACACACAAUUGUUCCAGGCCAGGUGCUGUAUGUGCCAGGUACUACAAAAGUAACUUCCUCAACUUCUGGUACUCCUGUUUCACCUUCAUCAUCAGAUGCAGAAUAUGAUAAGCUUCUGGAUGCUGAUUUAGCAAGAAGGGCUUGCAGGCCACUUCAGAGAGUUAUGUCGUCCACCUCAGAGGAAGAUGAACCGAUGUAUAAGUUUUUAAAAAUGAACUGUCGUUACUUCACAGAUGGCAAGGGAGUAGUUGGAGGGGUCAUGUUAGUCACUCCCAACACCAUCAUGUUUGACCCUCAUAAGUCAGACCCUGUCGUCAUUGAGAACGGCUGUGAAGAGUAUGGGCUCACAUGUCCCAUGGAGGAGGUAGUUUCAAUUGCCCUGUACAACGACAUCUCUCACAUGAAGAUUAAAGAUGCCCUUCCAUCCGACAUUCCAAAGGAUCUUUGUCCUUUGUACAGGCCUGGUGAAUGGGAAGAUCUUGCUUCUGAGAAGGACAUCAAUCCUUUCAGUAAAUUUAAGAACAAAGAAAAGAAGCAACAGAAAAUAGACAGCUUUGUUGCUCUGAAUUCCAGACCAAUAAAAUACACAGACAAAGAGAAGUCUUCAGAUUUUGAAGUCCUGAAGUCUUCAGCAAGUCCUUCCCUAGUGACAUCCAGAUCAGUAGAAACAUCAAAGGACUCUGUUACGCCUGAAUCUUUAGAACAGAUAACUUUGAAAACUUAUACUGCAGAAAGUUCUGUAGCAAAUGUGGACUUAACCAAAGACAAUUCUCUUCUGGAGGAAGAUGGCUUUAUUGAGCUAGACAAGGCUUCAUUGCAGAUUGAUAGCAAAAUAGAUUGUAGAGAUGCCAGAUCAGUUGAUCUUCACAGGGAUCACUGCAAAAUAAAAAAGGAGGUUCAGUUGCAAGCAAGUAACAAAGACAAUUAUAAGCAACCAGUGUUAGAUUCAUCUGGGGCAAAGCAUAACGUUUCUGUGGAUGAUCUCGAUCUAGAGUCCUGUGAGAAGCUAGAUGCGAUGCCUGAAAUGAACAAGGGUGGAAGUUCACCAACCAAUAAGAUAAAGAUGACCUUGGAUGCAAACAAAGAGUUGAAUAAAGACAAGCUUAUUGAAUUUUAUUUCAGUAAUGAUAAAGAUGAAUCACAGUCUAUUGAUUACUUGCCUAAGGAUGAAAUCAAGGAAGAAAAGAACAAUGUGCCUGUGGGCUUAGACAUCACACUUAGCUCUUCAAAAUCCCAAUCCACUGAAGUUCUUGCUGUCAAAAAGGCAGGACUUGAAUCCUGCUCUGUUGCAAGAAAUGAGCCUUUGCUGGAAGCUGGCUCAGUAGCAGCAGAGAAAAAAUCAUGUGAAGGAUCAGAUACUCCUUUUCUGACAUCUCAUCUAGAUAAGAACUCUGAAAUCAGACUGUGGCUGCUGCAGAGAAUCCAAGUGCCCAUUGAAGAUAUGCUUCCUUCAAAAGAGGAAAAAAGCAAGACCCCACCAAUGUUUCUGUGCAUUAAAGUGGGCACACCUAUGAGGAAGACUUUCAUUUCCCAGCCAGCUGUGAUGGAUCAACAUUAUCAUAAAAGACAGAAGCAACCAGAGUACUGGUUUGCUGUCCCUCGAGAAAGGGUAGAUCAUCUGUAUACCUUUUUUGUACAAUGGUCACCAGAUGUAUAUGGCAAAGAUGCUAAGGAACAAGGUUUUGUGGUGGUAGAAAAGGAGGAGCUUGACAUGAUAGACAAUUUCUUCAGUGAACCCUCAACAAAAAGCUGGGAGAUUAUAACUGUGGAAGAGGCAAAACGCCGACAGAGCAUCUGCAGCUACUGUGAAGAUGAUGGUGAUGAUGAUGCUUUGCCUACCUUAAAAAACCAAAGUGCGCUUUUAGAAAACAUGCAUGUGGAGCAGCUUGCUCAGUCCCUGCCAGCACGAGUGCAGGGAUAUCCAUGGAAACUUAUCUACAGUACACAAGAACAUGGAACCAGCUUGAAAACUCUGUAUCGUAAAUCAGCUUCUCUUGAUAGUCCAGUUUUAUUAGUCAUCAAAGACAUGGAGAAUCAGAUAUUUGGGGCAUAUGCAACUCAUGCUUUCAGACUUAGUGACCACUAUUAUGGCACUGGAGAAACUUUUCUGUACACAUUCAAUCCUAUUUUCAAGGUUUUUAAGUGGAGCGGAGAAAACACCUACUUUAUUAAUGGAGAUGUUACCUCCUUAGAACUUGGUGGUGGUGGUGGCAAGUUUGGUUUAUGGUUAGAUGCUGAUUUGUAUCAUGGUCGGAGCAACUCUUGCAGCACAUUCAACAAUGAUAUCCUCUCCAAAAAAGAAGACUUUGUUGUACAGGAUGUGGAAGUAUGGACUUUUGAGUGAUGUCCUUGUUGCCUUAAACAAAUGGACUUUGGUUUACUGAGCACUCAGUGGAUGUUGAAAAUUGCAAUGUAAUUGCUUCACAGUAGAAUAGCCCUGGAAGACAGGCUGUUCCAUGGUUUCACAGGAUUUUAAGGCAAAAAUGGGAAAGACUGGUUUAUAUUUAAAAAAAAAGGCAACUUAGUUAAUACCUUACUCUUGUCCUGCCAUCAUUCCUGCAAUAUGAAUGCAAGAUGUUUAUGGAAGACAGUUGUGAUGUGUGUGUGUGUAUGUAUGUAUAUAUAUAUACAUAUAUAUAAGCUUGUUUAAAACAGUAUCAUUUUUUGUAAUUGUGAAAGAAUACUGUGGAAAAACAUAGAGCUGUAUAGUACAUUCUCUGCGUAUUUUUAUUCAGUGAAAGUGAAAACCAAAAAGAGGGAGUAGUUGCAUUACCAAAUUCUACAGCUUAAAGUGGUAGUUUACUUGACAAAGUAGUAAUUAUGUAUACAGCACUUAAAGAGAUUUUUUUAAGUAUAUUUAUUGUUUGUAAAGUAUAUUACUAGGCUGGUUUUCCUUUUAAUAUUUCAGAUGUCAGAAUUUCCUAGGAAGAUUUAUCAUUUGAAGUAAUAUCUUAAACAGUGGUGAAAAAUAAUUUGAUUUCUUAAGAGUUUUUAUAUUUUGUUUUUUAAUUUUGUAAAAACAUUUAGUCAUUUGUUCCAAUUAGUUCUGGGAUCUUGUUUUUCGGCAGAACACAUUCUGGAUUAUUUCAUACAGGUGCAUAGCUAGUGCCCUUUAUUAUUUGUUCAGUUGGAUGAUAUGCUCAGAGAGAGAGAUCCUGUUUUUAAUCGGUUAUCAAGGUAGAAAUGCCUUUGGAAAGAGAAGCUAUGUAGUUUGAAGCAGAAAAUGGACUUUUAAAGUAAUUCCCUAUAAAAACCUUUGCUAGAAAAAAAAUAUUAGCAUCAUGUUAAAUACCUGUAGCCCUUUCUUUUCUUACCUUUUCAAAUAAAAAGUUGGAUUACCUGAAUAAGAUUUUCAACCAGGUGUUAAUUCUUACUUCUUUAGCAAAAUACUUCUUUCGGAGGUAAUAAAAAACUAUUUGAAUAACAUUUACAUGUAGCCAAAGAUUUAGUGGGAGCUGUAAUUGAGAAUAUUUGUUCAUUUGGUAUGAAUAGGGCUACAAAUUAAUUUAAGCCAAAAUGUUUUUUUCUGUUUUUUGCUUCUCUCUGUGAUAAACUCUAUUCCUAAUGUUUAUAUCAAAAUAUUUGGGGCCCUUGACAUUUCUUUUAAAAAAAUCAAAUUAAAUUGACAUGUGAGUAGUGAUUUUUUAAAGUGUACUUCUGUGCAAGUGUUGAUCCUACUCUUUGUCUGCCAUGUUUUAGGUACCUUCACUAAGCAUCUGUGCAAAAUCCACCUAGUCGGUGAGCUAGUUAUAUAAGCAUGGUUCUUUUCAGCAAUGUGUCCCAUUCAUGAUGACAUUUUCAGCUAACAAGGGAAUAAUCAGGAGUAGACAUAAUACAUUAGGAUCAGUCUAAUGUUGAUGAAAUUGUGUUUUCAUUCUUUCACUCCAUAUGGACUGGUUAGAUUGCAAAAUUAAUUGUACUUUUCAAUUACCUUUUAUGUGCAGAAAUAAAAGGGAAUUUAACAGUUGUAUCUUAACUUCAUCAUGUAAGUUACUACUUGAUACAGUGAAGUGUUUACAAAACUUUGUGUACACAAUCUUAUAGGGCAAACACACAUGUUUUGGGAUAUGUACUUGCAAUGGGAAAUAUGGUGGUAAUUGAAGCUUGCUGCAGCAUGUACAUAAAACAAAGUAAAAUGUAUCUAUCCCAUGUACUGUACAAACUUAAUUCCAGCACAGAAGUAAUAGUCUUGGUCUUUAGCCUUAAGGUACCUGCUAAGACCUGGGACAUUAGCUUUUUGCAUUUCUUUCCAAUAGGUAUUCUGACCAUCUGUGCUACUCUGAUAGAUCGCAACUGUCACAAUGAGCUGCUAUUACCUAACACACUGAAACACUUUGGGGACUCUGAGAGAUAGUUUUACUGAAUGAUGGGACAUUUGCAAAUUUCAAGCAAAAGAUUUUUAGUAUCUGAAAUGUAUCAGUCCUGUUACCUGCAAUUGAUUCAUUAUAGUUGUCAGAAACAUGUGUUAUAUAUUCCAAACAGUGUUGUCCUAUCAAAAUUCUACGAUCCUUCAAAAACUGUGGAUAUUGAAUAUAUGUAAUGCAGUGCUACCGCAACAUUUUCAAAUAAAGGAAUUAAGCAUU